CAGACAGACAGUGACGAGGACUCAUAAGUGAAUUCUCUCCUCUGAACAUCCCCGAGGUGACUCGCUCGUCGUCGUCAACCAAACUCUGUGUGUCGUGCGGACGCGGAGAAGCCGAGCUCUGUGCAGACAUUAGCUAGAUAUCGUUAGCAGGUGUAGCAGAAGGUUCUGUGCUCCGGGAGAAGACGUGGCUAGCCCUUAGCUAGGUAACCUUAGCUCAGGGAGGCACCGGCGUCUCCUCUCGCCACAGAGACGAGCAGGGGGCGGCUGGAGAUAUGUGAUUGCGGGUUAGCCGGCUGGUUAGCUCGUCUAAUGCUGGGGGACAACCGGAGGAGUCUCAACGGGAUUUUACAGGUGGUAUAUGUGUCCGCUUGGCAUCAUUAAAACUACCCGGGCAGAGUGGAACUGAGAGGACCAGCCAGACGUCGCCACCAUGUUGGAAGAGGACAUGGAAGUGGCCAUCAAAGUGGUCGUGGUUGGCAACGGAGCUGUUGGCAAAUCCAGUAUGAUCCAACGUUACUGCAAAGGAAUCUUCACCAAGGACUACAAAAAGACAAUCGGAGUGGACUUUCUCGAAAGACAGAUCGAUGUCAAUGACGAAGAGGUCCGACUUAUGCUUUGGGACACUGCUGGGCAGGAGGAGUUUGAUGCCAUCACCAAGGCCUAUUAUCGCGGUGCACAAGCAUGUGUGCUGGUUUUCUCUACCACCGACAGGGAGUCUUAUCAGGCUAUCGACAGCUGGAGGGAGAAGGUGGAAGCAGAGGUUGGAGACAUUCCCACAGUUCUAGUGCAGAACAAAAUCGACCUCCUAGAAGAAACUCUUAUAAAUAAUGAGGAGGCAGAAGGUUUGGCAAAAAGACUCAAACUGAGAUUUUAUCGAGCUUCAGUAAAGGAGGACCUUAAUGUUAAUGAGGUUUUUAAAUACUUAGCUGAAAAGUAUCUCCAACGACUCAAGCAGCAAACAGCAGAGGAGACAGAUGUGGUCCAUUCAACAAGCAAUAAAAUAGGUGUUUUUAAUACCACAAGUAGUAAUGUCAGCAACCAGAACUCCAGCAACGGUAAAGAAGUCAUCACUUUGCGACCUAACAAACAACGGACCAAGAAGAGUAAAAAUCCUUUUGGAAGCUGCAGCCUACUCUAGAUAGAAUCAUUUAAAUUUUAGCGCCUGACUAUUUGUGUCUCAGACUGGAUUGGACAUUGUUGUAUUCAUUAAGAGACCAAAGCCCGUACAGACUGGGAAGUUCUGCUCUACACUACUUUAACAAUCAGAUGUUUUAUCUGAGUCCCCUCAAUCAUGGCUGAAAGUCUUUUGGUUAAACCUUGGAUAUCCACCAAUGGUCUGCACAGAAACCCUGUUGAUAUUUGUACACCGGGUAAUAAGUACAGCUGAAAUCCCCUAAAAAAACAGAUAUAUGUCUGUGAGUGAUGUUUUUUUGUUUUUGUUUUGUUUUUUUAAAUAUAUAACUCGAUAUACACGCCUCUCAUCAAAAUACGUUACAGCAAAUGUUGCACUCUUGCUCCUGGUUCGCCCAUUCAUGUGUUUGACAUUUGAAGCGUACUAUAUGUUUGCAUGCAUCGUAGAGGAUAAACAGAUUAUUUUGUACCAUAUUUUUCUAACUGUCAACAAACUAUGGCUCAGACUAUGCUGUUUAUUGUGGACAAAACACUCUGGAAUCCAGAAUUAAUUCUAUGUGCAGAAGUAUUUUUGUACGAAUCAUAUUAGUGUUGAGUGAUAUUUUCAAUGAAGUGUUGACGUUGUGCCAAAAUGUUCCAUUUUCUGAGCUGUAGUUUAACAUUACCACUGCAACGACUUGGAUGUAACAUGAAAUGAAAAGAAUGUGCUCCUAUGUAUAACCAAAUAUCAAUAACUAUUGUCACAAAACAGUCCUGAGUUUCCGCUUACAAUCCACGUAUUUAAAGAUUUGUUAACUUAAUUCUAACAACUACUCAAUUAUGGGUUGAAUUAAUGACUCUCUGCUAUUUGAGGUCAUAAUACAUCAAUUUUCAGUCUGUUAUGGUUCUAUGUUUCAGUUCAGUUGUUUCCAUUUCACAUAUUCCAUAUUUAACUGACCUUUUCUUUAGUGUUAGUAUAGCUUUGCCUAUGCAGGGUUUAUAUAUUUCGCUGUCACUACAUUUCUCACAUUUCCAACACUAAACAUGUUACAGGUCUUAUUUAAUUUUUCGUUAUUACCGUUUUAUUAUCAUUCUGCAUAUUUUAAUGGGAUGAAAGGGAGAAGGAGAUGGAUGAAAGAAUGAGGAGAGAACAGUGAGGUCUCUCGAGCAGAAUGUGAACACUCACUCUUUUAUGGUGUCAGAGAUGUUCCGAUACCAUUUUGCUCUUCCCACUACCGAUUCCGAUACCUGGACUUUGCAUAUCAUCCAAUAGCAAGUAUUGAUCCGAUACUGGUGCAUUAAAUAACAAACGUAAAAAAAACACUUGUAUAACAGCUUUAUGCUUCCAACCCUGUAUGGAAGUGAUGAUUGCUAUCGUUGUUGUACGGCCUGAGAAUGAAUGUAAUGUAACUUAUUUUACAAUCUAGUUUGAAACUCAUAACGGACAUUUCCGAUGCUGGUAUUGGAACAUCUCUUGACGGUUUAACCAGAACCACGAGCAGGAGAUGUUCGUGCUGGAGCGCCUUUGGUGGCCUGAAUAUGCAAGAUAAUCCAGUUCCUUCUCACUAAAUCCGGAUACUCCCAAACUCAUAUUCAGUCCCCAGUACAGCUGUGAACUGUUAAUUAUUGCCUUUCGGGAAUUUGGUUUUCCAAGAAUCAUUAUCUGAAAGAUACUAAUUCACAAAGCACAAAGAAAUACGUGGCAAUGUAGAAAAAGUCUUAUAUUAAAUCUUCUUUAUAAAAAUGAUUGAAAUGUCUUUUAUUAAAAGUAUUUUAAAUGGAAUAUGAAUACAUAGGACAUAUUUGUGGGUUAAAAUGUGCAUGCUGUCUUUUUGAAAGUUUUGUUACUGAUCUCGGAGCUGUUUUAGAGGCUUCAAAUGAAGUUUAGAUGAAUUAAACCAUGUUGUCACUUAUUAGUCUGAUGUGAGCAUCUCAACAGCUGCUUCAAAUACCAUCGGUACUAAGAUGUGUCACAUUUCAAGCUUUCUCUUUGGUUGUAUGUAAAGAGUUCUCUUUUGAAAAGAAAGUGUGGCAUAAGUAAUGCAUGCAAGCCUUUUUUUCCACAUCAGUGAAUGUUCAGUCAUGGUUGUAAAGCCACAUUGCCUUGUCCGUGUUUACAUUCUCCCCCACUGACCAUUUUAAUCCUCCUCUCGCUGUUUGUUUAGAGCUGCAGUGAAUCUGUAAAUAAUCACUUCUCCAGUUUUCUCCUUCUACUUCUCCUACUUCUAAACAUUUGCCUUCUUUAUUUGCUCUUUGACUGAAUGGAUUUAGUGCACUUUAUUAUUAAGAUUGUAUAAAAUCUUAAAGAACCAUAAGUUAAAACUAACCAUACUUAUGUGCUGUCACUCAGGUGUUGUAAUAAUCUGUUUCACUGUUCCUCUACUUUUUCCAUACACACAACUUUAUAAAGCAGUUUCACAUGAUUAGAUCUUCAAAUAAAUCGAUAUUGCUACUUAUAGUCUGACAACAACAAAAGCCAUUGUUGGAUUCUUUUUGGUUUGUUUUAACAGUUAUACAUGUAUCACAGCCUGGAAGCGUGACACAGAAUUGUGCACCUGAUGUUACGUGUGUGUGUGGGGGGGGGGGUUGAUUGUAAUCUGACUUUAAUAAAAGAAAUCAUUGAAAUUG